UAGCAUUACUGCCUUGUAACGUCAAGUGUGCUAACUGUCGUGAAAGCACAUCCACGCAGAAAGCCGCGAGCAGGACGCUAAUAAGUCAGUCUUAUUAUUUGUUCUUCAGUUUGAAAUAUUUACGGCGUAUAAAAUACAUAUUUGAUUCUUCAUUUUAGGACAAAGUCGUCUGGGUGCGCUAGAAGCACUGUGCCGCUUCUCGUGCUAUCUUUGCUUGUUAGUUAGCUUAGCUUGUUAGCUUAGCUUGUUAGCUGCUAUCAAAGAGACGCGGACGUUAUCAACACAUCGCUAAGUAGAGAUCAAGUGUGAGAGUAAAGUGUUGUGAUUGUGUGAAAAUGUGCGAAAGAACGAUAGCAAAGUAUGAGGAGGAACUUUGUCCAACAAAAGAGGAGAAGGAGCGACAACAUCAACUACUGGACGCUGUUUUCAAGAAACAUCAAGUUGUGUUACACAGAAGAGACGUCCAGCAGCCCCCCCACAUUAAAGAGGAAGAGGAGGAUCCACAGCACCCCCACAUGAAAGAGGAAGAGGAGGAAGUGUGGAUGAGUCAGGAGGGAGAGUGUCUUCUAGGGCAGGAGGAGGCUGAUGUCAGCAAGUUUCCACUGACUGUUGUCUCUGUGAAGACUGAAGAGCAUGAAGACAAAGCAGCUGAGUCCUCACAGCUUCAUCACAGUCCAAACGUCCAGCAGGUGUCAGCAGAGAGUCAUGAAGAUAUUCCCUCCAAGCAGCAGGAGUGGAGCUCCAGUGUGGGACAGAAGGAGCUACAGGCCCCCUCCCACAUUAAAGAGGAGCAGCUUCAUGAUGAAUAUGAAGCUCAGUCCUUACAGCUUCUUCACAGUCAAAGUGAGGAGAACAGAGGGGCGGAGCUUGUAAGUCAACACAUCACAGAAGCUGAUGGAGAGCAUUGUGAAGAUAUCAAGUCAGAACCAGACAGCAUCUUUGCUCCACUGUCAGACAUGGACCACGUGAUGUCAGACUCUUCUGAUCACAGUGACCACAUCCAAAAACCUUUGGAGAGGAAAAAUGACUCUAAAGGUGAUACGAGACAUCACACUAACAAAAAACACUUUGACUGCUCUGAAUGUGGGAAACCAUUUAGACUGAAGACUAAUUUUACAAGACACAUGAGAGUACAUACUGGAGAGAAACCUUUUACUUGCUCUGUUUGUAAGAAGAGUUUCUCCACAAAGCAAUGCAUGACCAGACACAUGAGCACACACACUGGAGAGAAACCUUUUACUUGCUCUGUUUGUAAGAAGAGUUUCUCCAGAAAUAAUCACAUGACCACACACAUGAGAACACACACUGGAGAAAAACCUUUUCCUUGCUCAGCUUGUGCUAAAAGAUUCAACACUAAGAAUGAAAUGAUAUUACACAUGAGAACACAUACUGGUGAUAAACCUUUUACUUGCUCUGUUUGUAAGAGGAGUUUCUCCAAAAAGCAAAACAUGACCAGACACAUGAGAACACACACUGGAAAGAAACCUUUUUCUUGCUCAGCGUGUGUUAAAAGAUUCAACACGAAGAAUGAAAGUAUGUUACACAUGAGAAUGCACACUGGAGAGAAACCAUUUAGUUGCACAGUGUGUGAUAAAACUUUCAAGUUUAAGUGUCAGGUCAGUAAACACAAGUGUGUAACAGUGACGAAAGCUGCAGGGAUUUAAAGACACUUAAAGGCCUACUGAAAGCCACUACUAGCCACCACACAGUCUGAUAGUUUAUAUAUCAAUGAUGAAAUAUUAACAUUGCAACACAUGCCAAUACGCCCGCUUUAGUUUACUAAAUUGCAAUUUUAAAUUUCCUGCAAAGUAUCCUGUUGAAAACAUCGCGUAAUGAUGACAUGUACGCUUGACGUCACGGGCUGUUAUGAAUAUGAGCGCUGCACACACACACAGCUAAAAGUCGUCUGCUUUAACGGCAUAAUUAGACAGUAUUUUGGACAUCUGUGUUGCUGAAUCUUUUGCAAUUUGUUCAAUUAAUAUUGGAGAAGUCAAAGUAGAAAGAUGGAGUUGGGAAGCUUUAGCCUUUAGCCACACAAACACACGGUGAUUCCUUUUUCAAAAUUCCUGGAGAUGAAACUUUACUAUGGAUCAGAGCGCGGUCAAGCCAACAUGGAUCCCGACCAAAUGUCAACCAGCAGUUUUCGGUGAGGAAAUUGUGGUAAAAAGUCGCUUCUUACCGGAGAUCAGCUGAGCUUGUCGUCCAUAAAGUCGCCCGUGGACACACACCUCCGACUAUCAGGUACUGUUAAACUCACUAAAACACUAGCAACACAAUAGAAAGAUACGGUAUUUCCCAGAAUUACCCUAGUAAAUGUCUCUAAAAACAUCUGAAUCCGUCCCAAUGCAAUCAGGGUUUUUUUUUUGUUUUUUUUUACUUUUUUUUUCUAGUCCGUCGCUAUCAAUAUCCUCAAACGCGAAUCUUUCAUCCUCGCUCAAAUUAAUGGGGAAAUUGCUGUUUUUUCGGUCCGAAUAGCACUUUUUGUUGGAGGCUCCCAUUAUAAACAAUGUGAGAACGUGAGGAGCCCUCACACUUGUGACGUCAUCGUCUGCGACUUCCGGUACAGGCAAAGCUUUUUUGUCAGCACCAAAAGUUGCGUACUUUAUCGUGGAUGUUCUCUACUAAAUCCUUUCAGAAAAAAAUGUCGCGAAAUGAUCAAGUUUGACACAUAGAAUGGACCUGCUAUCCCCGUUUAAAUAAGAAAAUCUCAUUUCAGUAGGCCUUUAAACAGUGAUUGUGCUAAAUGUACUUAAAAAACACAGCAUGUUUAAUAUGAAUGUAUAUUUGAUGUUGUAUGUAGUGCUGCUCAUCUUCUACUGUUAUAUGUUGUCCUGGAAUCACUUUUUAAGUUAUGUGCAUUUAUUAAAUAUUAUAUAUGUAGCUACUAUUUUAUUUUAUUUUUUUGUUGUUUAAAGACAGGACAUCUUAUUUAAAUUUGUUUUUCUUUUGGGUCUUAUAAAUUCAUACAUUUUUUCGAUUGCAUUUUGUUGAUAUUAUUAUCCAAUUGAAAGAAUGAAUGAAUAAAAUUAACAUAACGUGUACUCUGGUAGAUGAGCAGCAUUGUUGCAUCAUGGAUGUUAACUACUGCAAAACAUCAACAAAGAAGAAAAAGGCUGAAGUUAGCAACACAUCACUGAACUUUAGAGCCAUCGUGAGUGGACUUGCUUGUUUUUAUUGCUGCAUUUGUACUUAUUUCACCUCACAUCUUCACUUUUAAUCCUAAAGUCUUCUUCAAAUAUAUUGUUGGAGGCUUCUAAGAUUGAUGUUUAUGAUGUGUGUGUAGUCUGUGGAAAGGGUUGUUGUCCCUUGUGGAUCCAUUUGUUCACUUGCACAUACACAUCAUCAUCAGACGUUAUCGGUCCACUACUGGAAGAAACCUUAGCAUUAAUGUUUUAAUAUAAGUGUGACCUCAUUAUUCCUCGAUAAUUAGACUACAAAUACAGCUUUAAGCACUGUAUUAGAGCUCCUCUUGUAGUACUCCAACUCGCCACACUGAGAAGUGGGGGCGAUGGUGAGCUAGCAGAUGCAUGUUGUUAUCAUGUUUUAUCAGCGAGGAAGACAGCAUUUCUGUUUACUUUUUUGUCAGAUCCAAAUUGUAUUGCUCCACUCAAUAAAUGAAUCACUAUGGCUGCCAAUAUGGAGGAUUACUUAUAUAAUUAGAACAAAUACUUUCCUUAACAGGUAUAAAAAUGACACCACAAAAAGUGAACUAGUAGCAGGACCCAG